GGCGGCGCCCCCCUAGGGGGCGGGGCCGAGGAGGGCGCUCGCGGGGCCGGCUCCGCCCACCUUCCCGGGCCUCCGCCCGUCUCCCGGCUCAGCAGUGCGGGUGCAGCGCCUCGCUGCGCUCCAUGGCCGGGUUACUGGCGUUGCUGGGCCCGGCGGGCAGGGUGGGCGCCCGGGUCCGGCCUCACGCCCCCUGGGUCCUGGGCGCCGCCGCCCCCUGCGCCCCGCCGCCCCCACUGGCCCUGGCCCUGCUCUCGCCCAGGCCCCACGCCCGGCUGCUCCGCACGGCGCGCGGGGACUGCCGCGGCCGCCAGGACCUCAGCCAGCCCACGGAGACCACAGGCAGCAGCGUCAGCUGCACAGAGGAGAGAAAGCUAAGCAAGUCACAGCAGCUGAAAAAGAUUUUUCAAGAAUAUGGCACUGUUGGUGUGUCGUUGCACAUCGGAAUCUCAUUAGUCUCCUUGGGCAUAUUUUACAUGAUUGUGUCAAGUGGUAUGGACAUGUCUGCAGUCCUGCUGAAACUCGGAUUUGAAGAGUCCCUGGUACAGUCAAAAAUGGCAGCAGGCACAAGCACCUUCGUGGUGGCCUAUGCGAUCCACAAGCUGUUUGCGCCAGUGAGAAUCAGCAUUACGUUAGUCUCUGUGCCCUUGAUUGUCAGAUAUUUUCGAAAAGUGGGAUUUUUUAAACCUCCAGCUGCAAAACCUUAAUGAACUCUUCAGUCCUAGGCACUGAAAACCUCUUUCUUCUUAAUUACACAAUUUGGAUUGCUUUUAGGGUUGUAGGGUUUCUUUCGGAGGGGUAGGGGGUUAAUUGCUAUGUUCUCAUGGAUAAACUUUGCCAGCAAAAAUCAGGCUUUUGAAGAAUUUUAAUUUUUUUGCUUCAUAAAUUUUGUGAACGCAAUUCAUUAUAGGGCUUGUAUAUGUAAUCUAAAAUGUCAGCAAGACAUCACAGAUGGGUUAACAUCUCAAAACAAAAUAACCUACAAAUGUUCCUUCUGGAAGAUUUUGGUGAGGGUCUGUCUGUAAAAGCUCCAGGGGGUUCAUCUUGGCUCAGGUUUGUAAAAAGCAAUGAUUAAUUUAACUGGCUUUUAAAUAUUCCCUUCCGCUGAUAUUUGUUAUCAGCUGCUUACAGUUUAAUAUGCAGCGUUCUGCAGAACAACUGCCAGUGCUUCAAGUAAUGAAGCAAGACUUACUAUGUAAUCACAGUCUAAAUCAGCAUCAACACUUUGACAUUCAUUACAUUUGUUUUGGGGAAAGAAAAGUAUUUCUGGUAUGUUUCAUUCAUCCCCAAACACCUUCCAAGCCGGAUAUGAUGGGGCUGAUCCCAGAUGGUUUUUCUGAAAUUUCAUUAAAGCAGGUCAGCGUCAUUUGCCUCUGUUUAGGUAAAAUAUGAAAACUCUGCCCAGAUGCCAAGUAGCAGUGGCAUCACUUGGCUCCUGUUGCCCAUAUUCCAGAGGAAUUUGGAUAGCACACAUAAACAGCUAAGACAAUCUUAGCUUUUCUUAGACAAUCUUUAUCUCAAACUUCAGACAUUCCAGAACUGUCAUGUUUACACUCUCAUUAUUUUGAGUGAAAAAUCCUGUUCCAGAAAAAAAGGAUUUUGUAUCACUUCCUAAAAAGGAAAAUUAGUAGCACUUGUCACAAAUGGAAGGCAACUAUGAGCUAAUACAAGCCAGGGAGGGGCUUGUAUUACAUGAGCAGGUGUAAUUAGUCUACCGAGCCAGUUUUACCCGAUGAAGGGCAUGUGUGUUAGAGUAGCUAAGAGUACAAAUUGAAGCAUAGAGGCCAGGUGCAGUGGCUUACACCUGUAAUCCCAGCACUUGGGGAGGCCGUGGCGGGCAGAUCACUUGAGGCCAGAAGUUCGAGACCAGCCUGGCCAACCUGAUGAAACCCUGUCUCUACAAUAAAUUCAAAAAUUAGCUGGGCGUGGUGGCACAUGCCUGUAUUCCCAGCUGCUGGGGAGGCUGAGGCAGGAGAAUUGCUUGAACCCAAGAGGUGGAGGUUGCAGUGAGCCGAGAUCACACCACUGCACUCCAGCAUGGGUGACAGAAGGAGACGCCAUCUCCCAAAAAAAAAAAAAAAAAAAAAAAUCCAAGUGCAGAUGCUAACUGAAGCACUGAUACUUCCUCCUUAUAGCAGUCAGGAACAGGUGACUCCAAAAAAAAAAAAAAAAGAAAUCCAAGUGCAGAUGCUAACUGAAGCACUGAUACUUCCUCCUCAUAGCAGUCAGGAACAGGUGACUCCAAAAAAAAAAAAAAAAGAAAUCCAAGUGCAGAUGCUAACUGAAGCACUGUUACUUCCUCCUUAUAGCAGUCAGGAACAGGUGACUGAAGUAAUUCUGUCCUUUGGGGUUCAACAUCAUGCAAGUUUCCCCUAGGCUGUUCUCUGACGCAGGGCUCUUGCUCCACACUCUGGGAACCCAGAUUAACCAGUCUGCUGUUACAGAGUUGAAGGAGUUGCAUUUAUCUUUCUGAAUCCCCAUUCCUUUAAAACUACAAUUGUUGCAGAACCUCCACAAGGCUAAAUAAAGUUACAUUUGUGAGCCUCAGAGAACUGAAGGAACUAUGAACUGGCCGUCCUGGUUUUGCUAUCGGGCUGUUAACAGUUCCUGGCUGGCCCACAGUUACCCACGCCAGGUAUCUGUUAACAUUUCGAAGAAUCUUUGUAGGACAAGUUCUCCACUUGCAAGGUCUUUAAAGUAGAACCUUUUUCUUUUUUCCUUUAAGGCAAUUAGCCCAUUACCAAAAGGUUUUACUGACAUAAAGCUGGAACUAAGAUCUGAUUCCAAGGACUUCCCUACAGCCGAGAUGCCUCAUACCAGUAUUGGGUGAUUUUCUGUGUGGCCGGAACAGAGCGUUUUCAUCUUGUGUUUAAAGCAGUUUGUUGGCUUUGGCUCCUCACCACUUUCUUUACCAGGCUCCCAUUCAUGUCCCUAGUAAUGCCUUAUGCAAAAAAAAAAAAAAAAAAAAAAAAAAAAAAAAAAAAGCUGACAGUGAUUCCUGCAGGUUUAAGGGCUUAAAUCUCAAAUUUUGUGUUAAGAGUAACGGGAGUGUGCUGAAAGGGCAAGCAAUAAAACGAGUCAUACCAAAAAGCCACAUAGCUCUCUCUCCACUCCUGUGGCCAGUGGUCCCAACAAAAAAUAACUGAAGACGAAGAGGUCCAAGGAUCACGGAACUAAGCAUUCUGUGAUUUCACCAGCAAGAUGUACAGAACGCUUGUGUUUACAUUGUUUUUACAGAACUAGCAGAAUAAAACGGAUCUAUUUUUAAAAUGCAA